AUGACUAAUGAUAAGAGGGGGAUCGAUGAAGUUGAUCGAGAUGUUUCAACUUUGAUUCGAGAGGAAAAUGCAGCAGUGAAUAAACAAAAUCAGGCGAAGAGGAGAAAAAGGUUUGCGCCUAUGACGCAGUAUUCAUCAUCAGGAAAUAUUAACGGAGAUGUUCAGGAACCCCCAGCAGGUUACAUAAAGAGAAUCACACUUAAAAACUUCAUGUGCCACGAGCAUUUUGAAUUAGAGUUUGGUCCGAUGCUUAAUUUCAUUGUUGGUAGUAAUGGUUCUGGUAAAUCGGCUAUUCUAACAGCCAUUACGAUAGUAUUUGGGGCAAAGGCGUCAGAUACCAACAGGGGUACAAGCCUAAAGUCAUUGAUUCGAGAAGGGUGUAAUAUAGCGAAGAUAACCAUUGCUCUGUCUAAUAUUGGGCUAGGUGCUUUUGAGCAAGGACUAUAUGGGCAUGAAAUUAUAAUUGAUCGAACGUUGAAAAGAGACGGACAGGCUAGUCAAUUUUCUAUCAGAUCAGAAAACAAUCGAGAGAUCAGUAAUAAGAAACGAGACUUGCAAAGAAUUGUAGACUACUUUUCGAUCCCAGUAUUAAAUCCAAUGUGUUUCUUAUCUCAGGAUGCAGCCAGAUCAUUUUUGACUGCGUCUACGCCGCAAGAUAAGUUUCGACAUUUCAUGAGUGGUACACUUUUGGAAGAAAUAGACAUGAACCUGAAAAGAGCUGAGACUAUUCUGAGGAGUUCUAAGAACAACCUAGAUCUUCAUGCUGAUAAUGUGAAGGCUUUGAGGGAGGACUACGACCAUGCAAAGCGAUUGUUUAAAGAGAUUUAUAGCACCCACGAUUGGAACGAUCGAAAAAAGGUUCUACAAGGUAAGCUAUUUUGGAUGAGUUAUAAAGAAAACGAGAAGAGGAUGCGAAAAUUUGAGCGCAGGUUCGAAGAGCUCAAUCAGAAGAUGGCGGCCUGUGACGAGAAGGUUGAAGAACGAAAUCUAAAGAUUGAACGGUAUAGGUCUGAUCAGGAUGCCACUCAUCAAGAGGUAGAGAAAAAGAUGUCUGAACUCCAUGAUUGUCAAAUUAGAUAUGAAGAAGCUGAACACGAACUUGGGAAGUUUAAACAUCAACAUGAAGUAUUGAAGGAAGAGAGGCAAAAGGUCGAGAGGGGGAUAGCAUCUCUUGAUGACUCUUUAAGGUCACAUAAACAUCAAGUUCAGCAGUUAGAAAAAGAAUUGGCAGAUGCCUUAGGCGGUAACAAGGAAUUGAUGGUAAUUGAAAAGAAUCAAAUUGAUGAAAAGAUUAAAAGACUGAAGGAAAACCUACCGCCUUUAGAAGAUAAAUACCAACAGUGUAAGGAAAGAGAAUCCGAAAUCUCUCACCAGAGAAAUACUGUUAAUUACCAAUUACAGAAAUCAAUAAAUAUUAAAAAGCAGGAGAUCAGGGAACUCAAUCAAAGGGAUUCAAGGGACGUCUACUCCGUAUAUGCUCGUAACAUGGGGAAAGUCAUAAGUGAAAUAAAAAAUAGAAUUCAUGAAUUUUCAACACGCCCAAUUGGCCCUCUUGGCAUGGAAGUCACUAUAAAACCGGGCUACGAAAAGUGGGCUCGUGCAGUGCAAACGGUGAUUGGAUCUUCGCUUGGAGGUUUUGUUGUCGGAACUUCUAAAGAUAAUGCUCUUCUGCGACAGAUCCUAAAGAGAUACCCAGACACGAGAAACACAAGUAUUGUAACGUAUAAAUUAAGUGAAUUCGAUUAUCUGCAGGGUAAAACGAAAUCUAACCACCCCGCAAUAGUUGAUGUCUUGAACUUUACUUCGAAGGCUCUAGAGUGUCUCUUUGUUGACCAACAUAGAGUUGAAAGUAUCAUUUUAACUGAGAGUAAGGAUGAAGCAUACCACAUAUUGAAGCAAAAACCAGAGAAUACAGUUAGAAUUUUGUCGUUGAAGGACAAUCGAACAUGUUACCAAUCAUCUCUAGCCGCUUCAGGUGGUUUUAGACUAGAUACAGUCGAUUACCAACAACAUCUGCUUUUUGCUUCCAAUUCUGAAAGUAACAUUACUGAUAUUCAGUAUUUAAAAUCGGUAGUCGAAGAAGAGGAGCUUGAGUUAAGCAGAAGUCAGGAACACUUUGCUAAUAUGAUGAAAAGUGUAAGGGAUGAAGCAAAGUUGUUGGAGCAAGAUAUGCGUGAAUUGAGAAACAAAUUGGUUAAAACAGAAGUCCAAAGCAAACAAUUGAAAGUGAAGAUCGAGAAAGAAGUUGAUACUGGUGCUUUAGAUGCCCAUAAAGCGGCGAUAGAUAUCGAAACAUCGCAGAUUGCUCAACAACGGGGUGCCAUUGAUGCUAUUAAUGAUCAAAUCAUUCAACUAAAAAAUAAUGUUGAACCUUUUAAGGAGAACCAUGAUGCUGCAAGAAAAAUGCUCAAUAAAGUUAAGGAAGAUCUGGAAGACUUAAAAGAAGUAAUACGUACUAGAUCUCAACGAAUAGAGAAAAUGGUUGAUGACAUUAGUUUUUAUCAGAAGAAAAAACAGACUUACAAUGACGAGAGACAGAGCAUUCAAAACAAUAUUGCUUCUUUUAUACCAGUGCUAGAAUCUUUAAAGAAAGAUGCCGAAAAGCAUUGUUCUGCAGAAGAGGCUUUUGGUAAGGAUAUUCCAAACACUGAAGAUGAGAUAAAGGCGGAGAUGCAUAUUGCAGAUCGACAUAUCAAGCAAGCAGAAAAGAGUGUGGGGAUGACACAAGAAGAGGUUGCUCAAUUAGUCGAGAAGAGUAAGGAGAAAUACUAUGACGCCCAAGAAAAGUUUGCAUCAGUUGACAAGGCCCUUUGGACUCUACAUGAAUCCUUAGAACAAAGGAGAAUGACACUGGUGAAUAAUGUCAAGAGCACAUGUCGUGAGGCUGAUUCAGAUUUCAGAUCUACUAUUCGUGUCAGAAACGGCUUUUCAGGUGCCUUAAACUUCGAUACCCCUGGCUCUCUAAUGGUUUUAGUCAAGACUACGAAUGAUGAAACACCAAGAAAUGUAGAUACACUAUCAGGUGGCGAAAAAUCAUUUUCUCAAAUUACAUUAUUGUUAUCAACCUGGAGUACCAUGAGAGCUAGAGUGAUAGCAUUGGAUGAGUUUGAUGUUUUCAUGGAUCAAGUGAACCGUACAAUCGGAACCAAAAUGAUUAUGAAAAAACUCUCUAGCAAUAUCAGAACCCAAACAAUCAUCAUUACUCCUCAGGAUAUUGGAAAAAUUGCGGAUAUUAAAACUCCAGGUAUCAAAAUUCAUAAGAUGCGUGAUCCUGAAAGACAGAACAAUUCAGAUUUUUAUAGUGUUUAG